AGCAGUGCCGGUCGGUCGGUCGGUUCGCUUUGGAGUUGUUUGUGAGAGUUUGUACGACUCUAAGAAAAAAAAAAAGGUGGCAGCGGUGAUGGAAUGAGGGUGGGCAACUUUUAGUGGAGCAUGCGCAACACCAACACGCUCGUCUCUCUUCUUUGAUUUCUUUCCUCCCUUUGCUUUUCGUGCUGCAUUUUGUUCUUCAAUCCCGUUCGUGUGUGUCUAUAAAAAUGGACAAAGAUGAGUGAAACUCUGCCGUGUAUAGUGUGCCGAGUUGAUCAGCGGCGACUACAACGACGGCGAACGACGCUGGCGACGGCCAGGCCAACGGGAAUAGCGGGCAAUAUAUAAGAAGUCCACGGCACAAGUCAAAAAGCUCAGAGUCGGUCGGGAGUCGUUAGUAUGCGCCAGAGUGCCAAACCCGCCGGACCAGCGGUCGUACAGUUCCACAGACAUCAGCACAACCGCCACUCACUCAACAACAACAUUUUUUGGUUGCUGACUUGCUGCUGAUGGUCAUCAAAACGAAUUUACCUGUUUCUUAUUUUUACCUGUGCAUCACCGUCUAUAGUUGUGCAAAGGCACAGUGCCGUUGAUUGAUACGUCUACUGCAACAGACUGACAUCGCGUUAUUCCUCAUUCAAAAAAGUUACUGUCCAUUAAAAAAACGGCUUUCCCCCAUUUUUUUUUAUACAAAUAAAAAAUUCGGAGUUCAGUUUUUAUUUUUUUCGCUUCAAAAGUCAAGAAAAAAGUGCAGGUGUGCCGUGCAACAACAGCGUGGAAAGAAUCAACUAUGGCGAAAUCACCCAUUAGCGGAUCUUAAUAAUACACGCUCAAACUCUAUACGACGCCAACGACGAAGAUCAACGGCGGCUGACACUUGACACGGUCGUCAUCCUCGUUAGCAGAUUCGCAGACUUUCACGUUUCGCUUUGGUUUGAUUGUCUUGUCCACCCACACACACACACCGGUUAGAUUCAUCAUGGAACAGUGUCGCCAACUCUACCAAGAAGCUCAACGCGACUUAGAAGAGACGAGUCAAUUUCAAGUUUUUUGCCGUGUAACGUGGGAUACUCUCCUGUGCUGGCCGCCGACGAGACCCGGUGAAACGGUCCACUUGCCCUGCCCACCGCGCCAGGGCAUCGAUCCCACUCAAUGGGCCGAAAGGCGAUGCCUAGACAGCGGAGUAUGGGAAGGCCCACCGCCUUCGGACGCCAGCGACGCCGCAGCGGCGGCAGUGGCCCUGCAGAACGACGCCGAUGACAUGCAGCAGCAGGGCUGGACAAAUUACAGUCAAUGUUUCCUGCCCGAAAUACGAGACUUGAUGAAGAGAUUGGACAGCGGCAGCGGUCAAGACGCCGAGAACAAACUGAUUGUGGCUCAAGCGACCCGAGUACUGGAACUGACCGGCUUGACUGUCUCGCUCAUCUCCUUGAUGAUUUCCCUCUUCAUUUUCACCUACUUCAGGAGUUUACAAAAUCACCGGACCCGCAUUCAUAAAAACCUGUUUGCCGCUAUCGGCAUUCAGGUCAUCAUCCGCAUGACGCUCUACUUGGACCAGGCCGUUUUCGUCUCUGAAAUGGUGGGUGGCGGCAGCCAUCAAACGCUCAUCGAUUCCAGCACGGUAGCAGCCGCUGGAGCCAGAGGCAUCCACGAAACCCCGAUUUUGUGUGAGUGGUUUUACAUCGUCCUCGAAUACGCCCGCACUACAAUGUUCGUCUGGAUGUUCAUCGAGGGCCUUUUCCUCCACAAUCUCAUCACAGUGAUGGUCUUCCGGCCGGAUACUUAUCACAAACUCUACCUGGCGCUCGGCUGGGGUAUUCCCAUCAUCUUGACGGCCAUUUGGGCCGCAUUCACCGCAACUCAUCAGACAACUUCCGCGUGCUGGUUGGGUUACAAUUUGACGCCGUCCUACUGGAUCCUGGAAGGACCUCGCCUAACCAUCAUUUUCAUCAAUUUACUUUAUCUGCUCAACAUCCUGCGUGUGCUGGUGACUAAACUCCGCAACAGCCAAUGCAGCGAAGCGGAACAAUUAAGAAAAUCGGUCAAAGCAGCGAUGGUUCUCCUCCCGUUGCUGGGCAUCACCAACGCAUUGGUGAUGAUCAAAGCGCCACUGGAUCGAUCAGUCGUCGAAUUCGCCCUGUGGUCCUAUUCUUCCCAUUUUCUCACCUCUUUCCAGGGAUUCUUUGUCGCGUUGCUCUACUGUUUCCUCAACGGCGAGGUUCGCUCGACGUUGGCCAAGAAAAUGCGCAACUACCUGACGGACCGACAACUCGGCACGUCCUUUUUGGGUUUCGGUCCUGGUUCCACUCGCCUCAUGAGUCAAUUCGCCAACCCGUCCACUCAAGUCGAGACGGAGCGUGAGGCUCGCACGGUGCUCGACGACCAGCAACUGCAACAGUUGCAACCGGGAUCCACGGCGGAGAAACAUCCACGACACCUUCUAAGGGCUUCCUUCUCAUUGUCGGCUGCUGCCCAACAGCACCAGGACACCAGUCUCGAGCCCAUCAACAAAAUGAUGACCACUACGCUAGUCUAACGAGUCUCUUUCGUCACGCCCGCCAUCAGCACGAACGGCGGGGAAAAAAACACACACUACAGCAGCGGCGUGCAGUAUACUUGUCUCGACACGCCGUUCAGCCGAGGAAUCUUUUUUGACGCGCCGUCAAAUUCCUUUUCUUCCUUUCAUUUUGUCACGCACUGGAUAUAGGAUCAAACAAAAAGAGCUCCGCCUCACUCCGCCUGUUUAAAAGAAAAAUCCUGGUCCAUCAACGUCAAACAACACAAUUCUCAAUAGGACGAACCCAGAUCAUUAUUAUGUGUCACAUACAGGGACUCCCCGUCAUCGGCUCCUCCUAUUUGCUCGUCGUUCAAAUUUUUUUCCCCCCCGUUCGCCCCCCGUGUGCGUGAAUAAUUCGUGCAGCAGUCCAACAGUCGCCAAUGUCUCCAACGCCAUAGGUCAAAAAGGAUAUGAUUGCAAACGUGACUGGCGACUGUUCAUCGCACUAAAAGAAGAAGAUGUGCGAAGAUGUGUUUUGUGUUAUAUAAUAUCUGUUUCUAAUACGUACAUGGUCGUCCUAGUUGUCAUAUUAUGAUUAACACUUCUCUUUUUCUCUCUCUCUUUUUUUACGGCAUCAUCUCUUUAUCUUUCUUCCCUCGUCUGCUCCAUCCGUGUUAUUAUGUACUGUACAUCUCUCACAGACACGUCGCCAAACUAUACCCCACACUAUAUAUAUCGCUGCCCUGCUGCUGUAUACGACGCAAUAUAAAAUAUCUCUAUUAUAUUAUAAUAUAUCGCGGACAAAUAGACGUUAUACGUUCCCCCCAUCUGA